AUGGCCCUGGGAGGUGCACCUCAAACAGCGCAGAUCAAAUGCAGCAGAAUAGCAGCCACCCCCACCUCACACCACCCCAGCCCCACUCCACACCACCCCAACCUCACAUCACACCACCCCGACCACACUCCACACCACCCCAACUCCACACCACCCCAGCAGCCGCCCCAGCCCCACUCUCCACCCAGGGCACACGGCACGGUUAACCCCACCAUCAGCCAAACCCCAUUCACCCUGCACGGCUGGGGCCGUCAGCCACCCCAUCCCAUCCCAUCCCACCUUCAACCAACAGCAGACACCCCGAGCCCAUUCACACUGCACGGCUGGCAAAGCGUACCCCAUUCCAACCCCACGCCACCCCAGCGCACCCCAUCCAAUCCCUCGCCACCCCAGCGUACCCCAUCCUACCCCGCUCCACCCCAGCGUACCCCAUCCUACCCCGCUCCACCUCAGCGUAUCCAUCCUACCCCACUCCACCCCAGCGUAUCCAUCCUACCCCGCUCCACCUCAGCGUACCCCAUCCUACCCCGUUCCACCCCAGUGUACCCCAUCCUACCCCUCGCCACCCCAGCGUACCCCAUCCUACCCCGCUCCACCCCAGCGUAUCCAUCCUACCCCUCUCCACCCCAGUGUACCCCAUCCUACCCCUCGCCACCCCAGCGUACCCCAUCCUACCCCGCUCCACCUCAGCGUACCCCAUCCUACCCCGCUCCACCCCAGUGUACCCCAUCCUUACCCCACUCCACCCCCAGCACAGCGGGGCAGGCCACAGUACUUGAUACAGGCUCGUCAGGGCAUGUCAAACGCAUCCCAGCAUGCCUGUGA